CCGCCAGUCGGAACGGCUCUUUGUUUAUACACCGAAUAGAAUGACUCGGAGGUCGUCAACAAACGUAAACGGUUCACAAUAUCAACGACAAUAACUGCGAAGGCCCUCAGAGUGUAACCAAAAAUUCGUAAAUUAAUAAAAUGAGGGGAUAAUAAAGGAGAGAACAGAGGGAGUGUGUGUGCCGGGGGGAACGCCUCACCGGUUUGCUCAGUCUGUCGGAAGAUUCCAUUGUGAGUGGAUUUGAAUAAGUUUUUCUCCAGUUAUUUGUUGUGUUUUCGUGGUGUUAGAGGUUGUCAUCGAUUGCUGAGUAACACACCGAGCAAAGGUUGUAGAAGAGGCUGGCCAAUGCAACACAUACAAUAAAUCGUCAUGAAUAAGGAUAAGAAAAAUUGUUCUGGUCCCUCGACGAGGGGUGACGAAGUGGACAUUGUCAACAGAUUCUUGACACCCUUGUGUGCACGAGACGAGACAGCAAGAGAUAUUGCUCUUGCUGCAGCUCGUACACUCGUUGAGGGAUGGCUUGGUGGCAUGUCCAGUCCGAAUCAGUGGAACGAUAUGGAGGAGGUGGAGAAUACGGGUGAAAAACAUUCUGGGAAAUCCAAAAGCCACACUAACCGGUACAACUGUAGCAAUCGAGCAUUUGACCAGGCGCAACCAUUACCUUACCAACCUCAAUUGCGCGAUGCUUUCAGUACUGAAGGUUUCUUUCCACAAAGUAUAACUCAUCAUAGUUCACUUCCCAGUGAUUUGAGACUCGAUAGCACAGAGAGAUACGAUCGUGUUGCUAACGAGGUAUUGAAUUUCAGUACAUCAAAAGACGACAGGUCGAAUUGUAACUCCCUGGAGGUUAUUGAAAAUCUUGGUAACUCAAGUUCGUUAGGAGAGGGUAGUGGACUCAUUAUCGAGAAUCGUAAUGACAAAUGUAAUGCUGAAAGAGAGUCAAGGUUUAGCUCGAGCUGUGACAGUGAUCGCAAGAUAUUCGAUCUAUCAUCGAGUGAAAAAUCAAAUGAGUCAUAUCAGGAGUCGAGACUGCGAUUUGGGAGGUUGAAGGGAGUUAGACAAAAGCAGUUGGAGGAUGAUUUGGAGGCAGACGGUCGAAUCUAUGGGAAGAGUCCGAAGUUUGACGAUAACCUGGGUAACUUUGGUCACCUUGAAAUGAGUCAUGGGAAUAAUGGAUCCAGAAGUGAUGUUCGAAGUUUCUCUGGUAUUGGACAAGGGACGGUAGUGAUGUCUCGUAAUCCAGAGGGAGUCGUCUUCAAUACCUUAGAGGGGUUUGAUGAUCAGGGAAUGAUAUCAGGACAGGACGGGGCUCUGGGAGGAAUGAAUUUGGAACGUAUUGAUCAUGGGAUCAUGUCUCCAUGGGAUCUUCUUCAGUAUUCGUCUGCAUCCAAUAAUGAGUAUUCGGUGGUUAACCCUGGUCAGACCAAACGUCCUUCAUCCCAGGAGAUGUUCCUCUCGAAGAGCGGACACGUUCUCGAGGACUCGGAAGUGACACCUGGUGAUGUGGGGAGAAUGCUCAACCUUGGAAACGCUCUUGAUGGCCCUCGUCCACUGAUUCGAUCCAACAAAUACCUGAGUCUGGUGAUGCUGCAUCUACCGGUGAUUCUUCGACUGAGCGUCAGUUGUCCAUUCGAUAAUGUUAGAAUCAAGUGUGCCGAGAUCAUACACAUGGUCAAGGAAAGGGGACUUCCAGUACCUGAGCCUGCCUUCAACGGACCAAGUGCUUUCAUACCGACGGCGGAGCUUCCAGACCUGAGCAAUCUCGACACGAGGACACAUAUGUUGCUGAUGGAUGCCUUCCUCCAGAACAAUCGACUGGAUCAUGUCUCCCACGUUAUGUCCUCUCACGGAUCGUAUUUGGAACAUUUUCUCAGGACACAGAACUUUGUUCUACGUGGGGAUGGACCACUGCCCUAUGACUACCGACAUCUUAUUGCCAUUAUGGCUGCUGGAAGGCAUCAGUGCAGCUACUUGAUAAACCUGCAGAAGGGAGAGUUUCUGGUGCAGGGCGGAGAUCCCACCUGGCUACAAGGACUCAGGUCGUUACCAGCUAAAUUACAGAAUCUGUAUGAGAUUAACAAGAUUCUCGCGCACAGGCCGUGGUUAUUGAACAAAACUCACAUAGAGAAAUUGACAAAAGGUGCGGAUAGCUGGUCACUGGCUGAAGUAGUUCACGCGAUAGUCUUACUGGCGCAUUUCCACUCCCUAUCAUCUUUUGUAUUCUCCUGUGGCAUUAACGAGGAACUCGACAAUGUCACAGGUCAUCAUUAUAAGGAGAAUGUACAGGACAAUAGCAAUAAUGUGCAACCUGCCAAAGACAAGCUCGUAAGCAGCCCCAAAAAAAUACCCACGGGCGGUGGCAAGACUGAUACCACCCCGUCACCGCCAUCUUCACCGAGUAUAGUCGGAGAACAGGAGGUAGGAGUGGAAACCCUCAUGGAGAGAAUGAAACGUCUCUCGGAAAAAUCAGAGUCCUAUCAGAUAACUCAGGAGGAGCUGUCGAAACGAUUUGAAACUGUUGAGACGCAGUCUGCGGAAUUGGCAGCUGCACCCCAGAGAAGUAGUAAAGUUCUUGAUUCUGAUAUUGGACUUUUCAUAGACGAUCCCACCUUCAUAUACCAAGACUUUGCUAAGAGAGGACAAUUAAAUGACAUACCGACGUUUCGUGUACAAGACUAUUCCUGGGAUGAUCACGGUUACUCCCUGGUAAAUCGUCUUUACAACGACGUUGGGUAUCUCUUAGACGAUAAAUUCAAAACCGCCUACAAUUUGACGUACUACACGAUGGGGACACACAGCAAGGUCGACACAUCUCGUUUCAGACGAGCAAUAUGGAAUUACAUUCAGUGUAUGUUUGGCAUCAGGCAUGAUGACUAUGACUACAAUGAAGUCAAUCAGCUCCUCGAGAGGAGUCUCAAGACAUUUAUAAAAAGUGCUGUCUGUUAUCCUGAGCGAGUAACCAAGAGGGAUUAUGACAGAGUCAUGAGAGAGUUCAAACACAGUGAGAAAAUUCACGUGAAUCUCAUGAUUCUCGAAGCAAGAAUGCAAGCUGAACUUCUUUAUGCUCUUCGUGCUGUCAUGAGAUAUAUGACCUAAUCUUGAGGACAAUGUCGAUUUAAUAUUGAUGAAUUUUGAUCAUUGAUUUUUAUUCAUCGAUUGAGACUUUCAGUGAUGCCUUGAUGCUCCUCCAGUGACGAGAGAUCAAGAGAAUUUCAUCGGGCGGUUUCACAACAAUACAUAGUGACAGAGGGAAGAGCUGAGUGUUUACAAAAUUUAUUGGCAAGAUACGAGAAAUUGGAGUCACCAGUGCGUGGCACUAUGAGUCAUUUUUGUCGAUUUCCAAAGAGAUUGGGCGUGAUUUUGGUAAGUGGGCGGAAACAUUUUGUCGAGUUUUUGGGUGGAGCAGAUUUGUCGAUUUCAGUUUUGCGAAAAUGUCAGGAAAAAAUAGUCAAUGACUCGAGAUCUGAACUUUGCAGUUUGUGGGAGAUUAGCUCUCGUGAUGGACGUCGACGUUAUUUUUUCCACUUCUUCCUGAUUUUUCAAAAUAUCAUUUUGAUUGAAUAUUAUUUCUCUCUGCUUGUCGCUUGCCGUGGGCGUUGAGGGGGAGGUGGGAGGGAAAAUGGUUGAAAGACAAUUAGUGAGACGUUUUGAGCUAGUGACAGCUUUGAAUAAAAAUUAAAUUAUAAAUUUUCAAGUGAAUAAGAGUGGGAGUGAUGUGUAAAUUGUAAGAAAUUAGGAUUUUUCAAUUGUAAAAUGGAGGAGAGUGAUUGGAAAUUAUUCAUUUUAACCCCUUAUCCAAGAACAAUGGGGCUUUUCAAUAAUUUGUAAAUAAUAGAUUGUGUAUUAUUGUAUAUUCGGCUCGUUCCUACUUUUUUUAAAUCAAAUUAUCUAUUUUUAUUGUUUUCGAGCUGUGCUUCCACCAGCUCGUCUUUAUUUUUUAUUUAAAUUGUCUCUUUCGGAGGAAAUUGUUGACCAAAAGAAGAGAAAUAUUUGAUUCUGCGAGUAGAGAUGCAUUUUUCAUCUCGAAUCGGUCUUGUCGGUGUUUGAAAUUUCAGUGUUUUUAUUUUGUCCGUUUAUUCAUUAAAAAAUAUUUAGAGUCGACCGCCCAAUUCAUCUCGUAUUGUAAUUAAUUGGAGUGACGAUUUAAAAUGUGACAGAGUCUAUUGUAAUAAUCGUAAAUGGCCGAUGAUUAAUAUGAAAUAUAUAAUAUAUCUUUCAUUGCUUCUGUUUGGGUAAAUGUAAUUCACGUAAUUUUACCCUUCAAUGAACAAUCGUGUAAAUAAGAGGAUUGUGCUCUUGGAUUGAAACGAUAUUUAGCCACAAAAAAUACAAGACAAAGAGAUAAUGGGAUUAAUCAUUUGAGAGAACAAAUUCAUUGUAAUUUUGGGAAAUUCCAAUUAUUGGAAAAUUUUACGUAAUCGACAGAUCGUAGAAAUCAACGAAUAUUCAUGCCUUCGAUGUUAGGAUUGAAAUUCAAUGGGAUCACUGAAUUUUUUUCAGUGAACAAAGUUGCAGAGAUUUUGAGAACAUAAUCUCCAACACUUCUUGAGAGUCAAUUGAUUUGAUUUGAACACCUUGAAUAAUCACUCGUUUUUUUUUUUUUUGAGAAGUUGAAGGGAAAUAAUCAAAUCCACGUAAAUCACAAGGCAUAAAACGAAUUAAUGUUCUGUGAUCGUAUAUUGAAUCAUAUAAAUAGAAGGAACGGAUAUAUAUUGUAUACAUUUGGGGAUAUUUGAAGAAAAAAUGUGGAGAAAUUGUAAAAAUUCAUCUAGAAAUUAACAUUGUCUAUUGAAAAUCUUUAACCGUGUGUGCGCUAGAGUAGAUUUCCAUCUGAGAUCCCAUAGAAAAAUUGAAGUAUGGAAUAAUGGAGGAAAGAGAAGAAUGAAGGAGUUGGAUUAGUGAUGAAAUUGACCAACCAAAUUGAUGAAUCGUACCAAAAUUUUCGACCAAUAGCCGAGACAUUGAAUUGUAUUUAUACCAUAAAACCGUGUUUACAUAUCAGAUAGGCUCGCGUCGAGAGAUAAACAGUGUAGUAACUCCUCCCUCCUACCUCCUCCUUCUCGAAAAGGAAAAUGUCCCUUAUCAAUAGUUCAUCGUGGUUAACUCCCACUUAAAAUUCAAUCGAUGGAAAUUUUUUUUAUGAUGUCGGAGGAAAUUACAUUUAUUUUAAGCUGGCACCCCCCGAAUAAUUUUUGAUCGAUAAUCAUAAAAAAUUUGAUAGCAGUAGUGCAUCAGUAUUGAGUUUAAUAAAAAAAAAUCGCGUUCUGCCCGAUAAUCCGAUUUGCGAAAUUAUUAAUAAAUGAAAAUGGCAAUUUGGCAAAUAGAUAUUUUUCGUCAUCAUCGCUUGCAUUUGUCGCCUCGGGAAAUAAAACUUCUUACAUGUAAGAAGAUUUAGAGUAAAAAUUUUCCAUUCUUCUCUUUCUUCCCCCCAUCCCCUCCCCAUCUAUUCUAUCCCCAAUCAAUUCCAUAAAACACUAAUAAAAACUCAAUAAAAUUCAGGGUCCGUGGUAGAAAUACGAUUAAAUUCAUAAAAUCAAAAUCGAGGGAACAAACGCAGAAAGAGAAAAUUCAAUCAAUUUCAAGUUAAUCGUAAAACAUGAUUCAUUUUUCAUUGGAUAUAUCGUGGUUUAUAGGUUUAAGAUAUUCAGUACUAAGUCUCACAAAUAUUUGUCCUCUGAUGACUCUGAUAAUGAGUUUCAGUUACGAUAAAGAGUAGUUUAGGCAGAGUUCAGUAGUGAAAUGUAUCUCGAAAAUGAGAAAUUAAGAGAGAUAUAACAAGAGGUUUCGUCAUUUUGUCUCCUAACACCACUCACUUGUCCAAGUUAUUCACAGAUGAAAAUGAAUUCACUCUCGAUUUAUAUAUUUCCCAUGCGCAUCUCUUGUCUCCCCUAGUUUUUUACCUUUCACUGUCUUCUAACCAUUCUUUUAAUCAUUCAUCUCAUCUUACAAUUAUUUCUUUUUAAGAUCGGUCCCUUAUUGGCAUUUGGCCAAGACCCUGUGGAGAAUUCACAGGGCGUAUUUUUUUUUUAAUAAGUUAAGGAAACAAAACAUGAAUGAGGAUAUGCGUUCCACCCAGUUAAUCACCUGAUUUUAUUAUUUCACUCGUGAAGAAAUUAAGUGAUGACGUGCAUCCUCAUGCAAUGAUCUCUUCGAGGGACUGAGCGAGAAAAAAAGUGAAUAAAACUGUUUUUAACGAUGAAAAAAAAUGAAAGAAAGAUAUAUCUAUAUAUAAAUAUUAAAUCGAGAUACUUGUCUUGUAUUUCUAAUGAAUUUUUUUCUCCUUUUUGUACUCAAAGGCACGAUGUUGGUUCUUCGUGGACGAAAUAACUAACGAGUGAAAUUUGUAACGAUUAAUUUCGAUUGUUGAUAUGAAGUAAUGCGAAAAAAACGUGAUUUUGACGAUGUAACAGUGUUAGAAUGUAGAAUUAUUUUUGAGUCUUUCUUAACCAUACGACGUAUGGAUUUUCUCUAUUUUUAAGAUAAGUUCUUCAGUGGAAUGAUGAAACGUAGCAAAUAGAAUUCAUUUCAGAUGGAGUUAUCUGCAGAAAAUAAUAAGAAUAAUUUGGCUGAUGGUUAAUUUUAUUCUCUUACUAUUUUCUCCUCAGAUCACUCGCAAUGGAAAUACCUGGAGCUCCAAUGAGCAUAAAAAUAAUGUACUAUUCUGUUACGUUUUAGCAAUUCACUGCUAAACUGUAAAUUGAGGUGAUGUUGAAUAGUAGGUUGAACCAAGGCUUGUGUGAUUUGAUAUUUCAACUCGUGAAGAGUGACCAGAAAGUUGAGCAGUUGAAUUAGAUCGUGAUAUUUCUAACUCAAAUAAACAAAAUAAAUAUUUCUUUUUAAUCACAACACAUUAAGAUCGAACUCCAGCUUCGUACCACACGCAAUUCAAAAAUAUUAAUUAUCAAUAACUCCAUUUUUUAAUAAUUUAUUCGUGGAACAGAGACGAGGAGAAGGCGAGGGGAGAAACAAAGCGAAAAAUCUCAUUUUAACUGACACUAAUAAAAAUAUUGUAAACCGUACUUUCACUAUUGUCACCGGAACGCCCUAAACAAUCAGAAUGAAGGCAUGCAUUAUGAAUACCAGUAAAGUUUCAUUGAGAAACCA